ACUAGAAAGUAUUUUAUUAGAACUUGAAGAUUUUUUGGCAAAUAAUUCACCAUUCGAUACUAUAUUUUUUAACCAAUUUCAUAAUGAUAUAAUUAAGUAUUGGUCCUUUAUUGAAUGUGGACCUCAUAAGAAACUUGCAAAUUUUGCACUUCACUUAUUUGGAAUUUGCAUUAAUAGCGCUUCUGUUGAGAGAUUAUUUUCAACAAUGGGAUUUUUCCAUAAUAAGCGAAAAAGUAGACUUGGGUAUAAAAAAGUUCUUGAAAUGAAUCAAUUACGAGGCAAACUUAUGCAAGAACGCAAGUUAAAAUCUAUUGAAAAAGCAGCAAGACAAAUUCACAAUCCACAUAUCUUAUUACCGAUAGUUUCUGAUUCAGAAGAAAAUUAUUCAUCUCAAGAUUCAGAUUUGGAACUUGAUCAAGUUAAUGAUAAUAGAACUAAUAAUGAUAUUCAUUGGGAGGUAGUAGUUGCGAAUUGGUUAAUACUUUUAAGAAAUGAGCAGUUUGAAGAAGAUUUGGAUUUGACGGAAAUAGAUGAAACAGUUCAUUCUGCCACUAGCCAAGAAGCUAAAUGGCCUUUAUUACAAAUUUUUCAAGAUAAUAUUAAGCAACCCGAUUCAUAUAAUUUGUUAUUGGGAAAUUAA